AUUGUGUUGGGAAGCUUGUUGAACCUUAUUGAACCUUAUCGAAUACCGAAGGAUGCGGCACCUCGGGAAGGGUCUGUUCUGCAAUGCCGCCAUCAUGUGAUGCGUACCCUAAAUUUUCAAUCUAAAGCGUCUCAAAAAGUGUCUCAAAUGCGUCUUAAAAACACGCUUUACACUUGAGAGAAUCCGAUGAAUCAUCCCAAUUAUCAUUACUAUAGCAAAUGAAAAUUCUAUCGGUUGAAUAAUCUGCAAUGACGGAACAAAAGCAUGCGAAGAAAACAGUGGCCGUCAUCGGAUCGGGAAUGGCAGGUCUGGUAACUGCAUACCUGAUCCACCAAGACAAACAAUGCAGAUACCAUGUGGAAGUGUUCGAGACGCAAGAUCAGCUGUCUCUAGACUCCGCCUCGUACACGAUAUCCUCGGCAGAUGUCUACCCGUCGCUUCCCAAUCGUAUCGAUAUACCUAUGCGUGCCUUCGAUGAGGGUUUCCACAUUAACCUGAAGCGGAUGUAUGACUACCUUGGGGUCGGAUACAUUACGCAAAAGUUUGUUUAUUCUCUGUCGAAAUAUUCAACGGUUGAUGGAAAGAAAUCUCCUCCCUAUUUCUUUCACUCUUCGAGCAAUCACCGAUUCCCUCCAGUUCGCCCUGAAGGCUAUGGCUACCUGCAAUGGAUCGUGCAAAUCAUGUACUUAGCUGCGUGUUAUUUUUGGUUCAUCGUAUGCUGCUUCGUCGUUAAACCAAAAAUGGCUUCUACGUCCAAAGAGGAGGAAACUCUAGAGGUAUAUGUCAAACGAAUCCGGUUACCAUGGCAUUUUGUCAAGAACUACUUAUUGCCGCUCAUGUCAAGUGUAACAACUUGUUCGCAUGAUGCUCUGCUGAGUUUUCCGGCACUGGACGCAGUAGAUUACGCAAAAAGAACCUAUCGACAGCCACAUUACACUGUUAUCGGUGGUGUCCAGGGUGUCCAAUCGAAAUUAUCCAAGGGGCUGGCGGUCAGCUUUCAGGCAACGGUAACUUCAGUCAAGCGUGCUGAUACAAAACUGGAGGUCACUUGGGUUGAUUCCAAUGACAAAAGCCAUAUCUCGUAUUUCGAUCACGUUGUUAUGGCUGUGACCCCUGACGUUGUCGGUGCGUUGUUCGAACCUCUACGUGAAGUGAUGCGCGAGAUACCCGUUAUCUGGGGAGAGUCAGUAGUCCAUUAUGAUUCAUCUGCUAUCGCCAAUAGCUCUCGGUUGCUCGAAAAAUAUUCUGCUAAGACUCAAAAAGCAGGCGACCAAGCGCAAAUAAUGCACAUUACCUCCGAUCCUUUGUCAACAGAAUCUAUACAUCAGCAGUCCUCUACCCUGGUUACUAAUUUUCCAAUUUCCCCUAUUGAUCCAAACAAGAUCGCUCAUCGCGCCCGACUAGCUCGGGUUUUGCGUACUCCUAAAAGCAGGGAGAUUGUCAAUGAUAUAUUUACUUUAGAUAAAAGCGAGCUGAAACCGCCAAAAGAGGAACUAUUUUGGUAUAACGGAAAGGAUAAUGUUUGGCUUGUUGGUGCUUGGUGUUGGGAUGGAAUGGUGCUUUUAGAGGGGUGCAUUGUUUCAGCAAUGAGAGUUGCAACUAGCCUUGGAGUCGAGAUACCGUGGACGAUAACCUCUUCUGAGAGCUAGUGACCAUCACAAGCCUUACGAGAAAUAUUUAAGAGAAUACCCCCACUUGCAUCUUGUUGUU